CACAUUUAAAUCACAAAUGAAUUGCAUCAACAAUGGACCUCGCGCAUUUUAUUUUGCUGCUAUUAAGUGCCUUUCUAGUAACCGGAACUCAUCCAGAGCCGAUUCGGAGCGAUAAGCGAAAGCUCAUCAUUGGUGGUACGAAACUAUCGAUAUUGCAGACACCUUACCAGGCGGCAUUAUUUGUCAAAGGAAAAUUCAUUUGCGGAGGCUCAGUUAUUGGGCCAAGAUGGGUACUAACUGCCGCUCACUGUCUGGACCAUUCAAAAGACGCAGAAAAGAUGGUUCGUGUGGGUUCAAGUCUUCGCUGCGAAGGCGGAGUUGAGAGAAAAGUUGUAAAGGCAAUUGUGCAUCCAAAAUUUUCCCGAAAGGAAGCAGUUAACGAUAUUGGAUUAGUCUUGCUAGAGGAACCAUUGGAAAUUGAUGGUGUCAAUGUUUCGUGUGCUAUGAUUCCAGAGAAAGGAGUGAAGCUGCCCACUGAUAGUGUCGGUCGCGUUUCCGGAUGGGGUCUAACUGAAGUGAACGCCCGUUACGGUUCGCCUACGUUAAAAGCAGCAGAUUUGACAGUUCUACCUAUUGAGCGUUGUCAGACAGCGUACCCCGAGAAGAUAUUGUACAAUGAAACACAGUAUUGCAUUGGAAGUAGUAAAGAUCACACAGGAUCGUGUCAAGGUGAUUCCGGUGGACCAUUUGUAGUAGACCAUACUGUCUACGGUGUUGUGUCGUGGGCAAAAUCAUGUGCAGAGAUUGAAUAUCCCACCAUUUUUACAAAUGUUGCUGCUUAUGAAGAAUGGAUUCGGGAAAAUGUGGCUGUAUUUUCUCCUCACGAAAAAUUGAGCUGUGGCUCUUAGCAAUAAACUGAAGCGAUGAUGAAAUAUAUGGCGUUAAUCUUAUCUUAAAAAAGUAGGAGGUUGUAUCCAAGACACGACCCCAUAACUAACGUAGAACUACGCACUAUCACUAUCAACAAAUGCAUUGUUGUAAGUGUUUCAUUAUUGAGUCAUAAAGUCUCCAAAUACUUGCUUUGUGCUGCUUCAACAGUGGGGGAAUAAAGACACUGAAAACACGAGCUGUAAAAGCUGUUUCACAUUCAGUAAAUUAGACGGCCGCUACAGAUUUAAAUUACUAGUAUCCAGCACAGAUUGCUCGUUUGAGCUGUCAAAAAAUGAUUAACCUUCAAAUACUUGUUUAUUUGCCUUGAGAAAGGCAUUUUGCUGCUCAAAAUUGGAUUUGCUGAUGGAAACCUUUAUGCUGCCUCAGUAGUGGGGCAAUAACGGCAGUCCGACGACACACCAACCACAGAGCAAGUGAUUUGUUUGAUUUAAAGGCAGCCACAGGCGCGACCACCGCAAUACUGCUGAGUACUGAUAUCUGCUGCUACUACUGUCAACGUUGUGGACGGUCUAGCCAGCUCCCCUUCCGACUAAUGAAUGUAGCUGAUUUUACCAGAAACAGUCUUUUAUAGCCGAAGGUUGCUACGAAAUAGGCCACGCCUUUUUUGUUCAGUUUUAUCAUUCUCUAAUGUUCUUUAGCUGAAAAAUUUCAC